UCGCUUCUGCUGCGCAUGCGUGUCCGGUCAUGUUGGUACCCCAGACUGUACCGGCUUGGGAAGUUGUGUCAUUUUUAACAUGUUUACAUCGUAACAGUCGAAGUAGGCUGUUGGGUCGAUCAUUGCAGUCCGGAUAUCUACACAUGUGAUAUAAAACCGAGGGGAAAUCAUGACAGCUAAUGAAGAUCAGGAGAUGGAGCUGGAAGCUCUUCGCUCCAUCUAUGAAGGAGACGACUGUUUCAAGGAAAUCAGCCCAGUUUCCUUCCAGUUCAGGAUAGGAGACCUUGCGGACACCAAAACCUUCAUCCUGGAUGUCACGUGGCCGGAGACGUACCCUGAGACGGCCCCUCAAAUCUCCCUUGAUGCUUUUUUCAACAACAGGAUCUCAGCUGAGACGAAGCAGGUGAUCCUGUCGAAGCUGGAGGAGCAGGUGGAGGCUAACCUGGGAACGGCGAUGAUGUUCACGUUGUUCGAGUGGGCAAAGGAGAACCAGGAGGCGCUCAUGGAGAACCACAAGCCUGUAGUCACUGCUGUGACGCUGACAUCGAGCAGCGAGGCGACGACGACGUCCUCAACAGCAAAGAAGAAGGAGAAGAAGGAGCAGCUGACUAAAGCACAGAAGAGGAGGAUGGUUAACAGAACUGAUAAUAAAGGGGAGCUGCCCAGAGGAUGGAACUGGGUGGAUGUAAUAAAGCAUCUGAGUAAAACAGGAGGGAAGGAUGACAACUAGUCCUGAAGGCAGCAAGGACCUGCAGUGAUGCCUUCACAUGCAGCUCGGGCCAAUGUGUUUCACUCCACAGGGCUGUUUCCACCUUUAAAACCAAAGCAGACUGGACAGGAGCUUAACGGGAUGUUUGAGCCGCUCAUAGCUAGAAGUGUGUGAUAAUAUUUGUGGUAUUUUGCACUGUAGCCCGGUGAACAGAAGAACACAGGUAUAUUGAGUGUCUGUGACAUCCAUCAGGGUGGAACUAGCUGGAGACUGCCAUGUUUUACAGCCUGUCGGGGUGAGACGGACUGGGGCUCUGAAUAAAAUAUCCUGCUGUUACAUAAAAGUACCAUGUGACACCUUUAAUGACAGAAAAUGUUGCUGCUUUCGUCUUCUUACCUUGAUAAAUGUGACAUUUUCCCCUGUUAAUUAUAAAAGUUUUAUAUAAAAAUAAACUCAGAUUUUCUCAA